AUGUCGCCCAAGAGCCUGCUCGGCUGGUGGCUCUCGGUCCUUCUCCUGCGAGCUGAAGCUGCUGGAGUAGAAGAACUGACUGGCGUUCUGGGCGAGUCUGUCACUUUCCAGGUGAAGGUCUCUCAAUCAUUUCGAGGCAUUUCCUGGACUAAAAGUGACAGCAGCAAGCCUAGUACUGUUGCCGUGGUGACCUUUGGGCAGCCAUGUCACCUCGUGGCCCCCCUCCCGGCCUUUGCAAACCGAGUGAACGUCUCUGAGGACUGCAGAGGAUUACGACUCAGCCAUCUAGAGCGAGAGGAUGCUGGCAGAUACUUCGCAGAAACGGUUUUACCAACAGCCCCAAACACAAUGGUUGAGUCCUUUGAUCUGCAAGUGUCUAAACGCUUGCUGGCCUCUCAGCUGAUUGUGACUUGCAUUCCUGAUGGUGGUGGAAACGGAACCUGGCAGCUGAAUUGCUCUACGGGGACCUGGGAAGACGGGGUGAAAUUCAGCUGGACCUCAGCCUCCCAGAGUGAGGAUGCCACCCCCGGGCAUGCUCUUAUCAGCCUCACCUCCCAAGACCGUGAUCAAAACGCCACCUGCACAGCAGAAAACCUGGUUAGCAACACAUCCAGGACGGUGUCCUUAAAGGAAGUUUGUGCUGAGGUGAGACCUGUGACGGAGCCCCCCCCCGAGAACGGUGAGCUCCCCCCACCCCCACCGCUUGCCCCCUUCCUUGCCCCUCCGGGCAGUUCUCCAAGGGGCCCCCCCGGAGGGCAGGAAGCAAUCGCUGUUCUCCAGGCAGGGCACCUGCAAAUUAUGAAGACGCUCAGAAGGGAUUUUUCAGACACAGGGACUGUGUUCCUGCAUCAGCGUCUUCGACACCACACAGCCAACAAAGGCCGGACGGUAUCUAGUGGACUGAUCCUGGGCCUGACUAUACCUGUUCUCCUUAUAGUUGUGGUUGUCGUAUAUGUGCUGAAGAAGAAAGAGAUUGAAGAUCCAAUUAAGAGUGAUUCCAACUUAAUAGGAGGCACGCCCAAGGAGUCAAGGGAGAAAAAAGCCCAACCACCAAGAAAAACAGCAAAGAACAGCCAGGAGAUGCCCCACACCAUCUAUACGGCUGUGCAGCACCCCAAACAGGAUCCUUCACAAACAGAUGAUGAGAAAAUGCGGAGGAAGAAACAGCGCAGCAGCCCAGGGGAGAAAACGAUUUAUUCGGAGAUCAGCAAGUCUCAAGAGAGUGAAGACCAAACCAUCAAGACCAUCUAUGAGACAGUGAAGAAUCCCCCACCUGUCAAAACCUCGGACUUCAGAGCCUUUGUUUAACAGCAGCCCCCACCCAAGGCCAGCAGGGAGGGCCCCCAGUCCUCCCAAAGGCUGCCAGCAGACGGGCCCCGAGGGAGAGAAGCGGGCAAGGCCAGGUGGCCCCAGAGAGACGGCUCAGCACCCGCUUUCGUUUCUAGACCUGCACCAGCCCAGCAACUCCUCAUUCUUUUCUUUUUUAAUACAUUUUAUUCAAAGUUUUACAAAGAACGUAAAAACUAAUACAGACUAAUAAAAAGUAAAAGGAGCGAAGGAAGGAAGGAAGGAAGGGGAACAAAAAGAAAGAAAAAGAGAGAGAAGAAGCUUCUGAUUUCUUCUGCAGGAAAUAUAAGUGCAAAUACAUUAUCUCUUACUCUAUGAUUAUGAAAAAAGCUCACUUUUUUCUAUUACCAAUUUUUUUUCUGAUCAUCAAAACCACAAGUGUGUUUUUCCGUUUCAUGCGAAAACUCUAUAAGGAGUCUCCAGACAGCCAGUAAAUGUGGAUAUUGUUUUUUCAUCUGAUCCAGGAAGUCAAUUUAGCCAUCUCCAGGAGUUCCAUCAUCCUCACCCGCCCUUCCUCCACGGUGGGUAAUGUCGGGCCUUUCCGCUUUUGAGCAUGUAACAGUCUCGCUGCAGUUGUCAUGUAUAAAAGCAGAAUGCCGUGACCUUUUUCCAACUGCCGGUCCAUUAGUCCCAAAAGAAAGCAGCUCAUCCUUCUGACCAGGGGAGGAGGGAGAGAAAACGAUUUCAUUCCUCUUUGUCUCUUAUUUUUACUCAAUGCUUGAACUGAACAUUAUCCUUUCCCCUCUGAAGUUCUCUGAAUUUUGCUGUGCCUUUUCACCAGUUUUAA